AUGGCCCCCAGAAAAAACAAAGUUGCAAAAGAAGAGGUGCAAGUAACUCUUGGACCACAGCAUUUGGCUGGUGAGACCGUUUUUGGAGUUGCACACAUAUUCGCUUCUUUCAAUGACACCUUCGUUCACGUUACGGACUUGUCUGGCCGGGAAACCAUCGCCAGGGUGACUGGAGGCAUGAAAGUCAAGGCUGACCGUGAUGAAGCUUCACCUUACGCCGCUAUGUUGGCCGCCCAAGAUGUUGCUGAAAAGUGCAAACUUCUUGGAAUCACAGCUCUACAUAUUAAGCUCCGCGCCACUGGCGGUAACAAAACCAAGACCCCAGGACCUGGUGCACAGUCUGCUCUCAGAGCUCUGGCCCGUUCAAACAUGAAGAUUGGCCGCAUUGAGGAUGUCACACCAGUGCCAUCUGACUCCACCAGGAGGAAGGGUGGUAGACGUGGUCGCCGAUUGUAA